AAAUUUCUAAAAUUUAGGUUGAGGUAUGAAGAAUGAAGAGGGGCAAGCUUUAUAUAAAGAAAUAAACCUCCAAAUCCAAGCCAAACCCACAGGUUUGUAUUGAUGAGACUAUUCCGCACUCCCAAAUUCCAAAACAAGGAACACAUUGCACAGUGUCGACCACAAUUAUUUUAAUGUACUCCACCUUCGUAGCCCAUCAAAAUCAAUACCUCCCCCACUUUCUCUCUCAUAUUUUCCCAGGAAACAAACAAACUUUGCACCCUUUUCCCACAUAAAUCAAAUGCAACCCACCUUCCCCCUCUCCCUUCCUCUUCAUCUUCGUCUUCCAAUUGCUCAAAAGCUUGAUUCUAGGCUCUAGAGAUUUUUGGGUUUUCGACAUCUUCAUGGGUACUGGUGUCUCCCUUCUUGCUUGUGAAAAUGAAGGGUGUCCUUCUCGACCCAGGCUUGGAGAUUUGCCUGAGGACUGUGUGGCUUUGGUACUGUCGUACUUGGAUCCACCAGAAAUUUGCAAAUUGGCCAAGCUGAAUCGGGCGUUUCGCGGGGCUUCUCGGGCUGAUCUCGUUUGGGAGCCCAAGUUGCCCUCCAAUUAUUGUUUGGUUAUCGAGAAAGUGUUUAAGGAUUUUCCCGAAAAUUUGUGUAAGAAAGAGAUUUAUGCCAGAUUGUGUCAGCCUAACCCCUUUGAUGGAGGCACAAAGAAGGCUUGGCUGGAUAAGAGAACAGGCGGUGUCUGUUUGUCAAUCUCUUCAAAGGGAUUAGCAAUCACCGGAAUCGAUGAUCGGAGAUACUGGACCUACAUUCCAACUGAAGAAUCCAGGUUCAACACUGUUGCAUAUGUUCAGCAAAUCUGGUGGCUUGAGGUUGAUGGGGAGGUCGAUUUCCCAUUUCCAGCAGGAACUUAUAGCAUAUUCUUCAGGCUGCAGUUGGGGCGGGCUUCCAAGAGGCUUGGCCGUAGGAUCUGUAACCCCGAGCACGUACAUGGUUGGGACAUAAAGCCAGUGCGUUUCCAGCUAUGGACUUCAGAUGGUCAACAUGCCACAUCUCAGUGUUUCUUGGAUGAACCUGGAAGGUGGAUUCAGUACCAUGCAGCAGACUUUGUUGUUGAUAACUCUAAUGCACCAACAAAGAUUAAAUUCUCAAUGACCCAGAUCGAUUGCACACACACCAAAGGUGGUCUUUGUGUAGACUCUGUUCUGAUAUACCCAAGAGAAUUUAGGGAAAGGUUAAAGCAUUUUUGAAUCACACUUAACCUCUGUAGGUAGGAAGUUUUAUGUUAUAGAGGUAGGGCAUUUCUAAAAGAAAACAGAAUCAAAUACUAGUUGGUUCUUUCUGGCCUUGAAAUCAUUUGUAUGCACCAAAGGCUAUUUGUAAAUCUAUAUUUCUCUUAAGUAGCACCAUCCUAGUUGUGUGUAUUCCUUUUUCUCUCCAUUGUCAAUAGUUUCUUGUGAGGGACUUUGGGGAAGGGAGGCCAGUUGAUAUAAAUAGAAGGAAUCUGAUUCUUUUCUUUUUA